AUGACAAGCAACACCCUCAAAGACGACCUCACCGUACCCGGCACCACCGUUCUCCUCGACGCUGCGACCGGCGGCGGGGAGGCGACCUCGGCAGACAGCAUCACGCUCGUGCCCACGCCAUCAGACGACCCGUCUGACCCGCUCAACUGGACAACGCGGCGCAAGUGGCUCUGCUGCGCCUGCAUGGUGCUGUACGUCACUGCAAUGUGCUUCAACGUCGGGUGCCUGUACCCUAUCUACGGGCCCCUCCCCUUUGGCAUCCUCAUGAUGGGCCUUGGGCCAUACUACAAAGCCCAUUGGAUGGUCUUUGUCAUGGGCGAGUUUGUGCUGACAAUCGCUGGGCCCAUCGCCACACUUCUGUCCAUCACUUAUGCCUUCGACGCGUUUCACAGUAUUCAUCCCAAGGAGAAACAGUCUGCGCCGUAUCUGCUCUCGCUGAUCCUCGUCGGAAUGAUCUUCACAUUCUGCUUCAACUAUUGCGUUACACCCUGGGCGUUUGACUGGGGCUUCCGGAACUGGGCCAUCAGCGCCGUUUUUAUUGGCACUGCGGUCAACUGCAGUGCGUUCCUCAUGAUCUAUUAUGGCAAGCGCCUCCGCAAGUCGGGUGUCAGCUACUACGAGAAGAUCAUCAAUAUAUAG